AUGAUAGGCGAAGAGACCUAUUCUGCCAAGGCGACCAAAGGCAGUUGUCUAUGUGAUCCAUACUGUGAACUAUUCUGUGAUCCAUUUUGUGAUCCAUUCAGUGAUUCAUUCUGUGAUCCAUUCUGUGUCUACCAUAAAGAAGAAAGGCGACUUGUGAAAACCGGUACAUGGUUACUGCUUCGGGAGAAAAAACAACAACAAAAAAAAAAGGCUUCGGAAAAAAAACAAAAAAAAACUGCCUCUUGUCCUGACCUUCAAAGUCAAUAUAACAAAAGAAUUAAUGUGAACAUGUUCAGAUUUCAUUUACUUAUCAUGUCCGCUUCUGAAAAAUGUACUUAUCAGAACAAAAGCUUUUUCUUUUCUUGUUUGGACACAAAUUCAUCUUCUGAUUCACCAUCUGUUUCACCUUCUAGUUCAUCUUCUGAUUCACCUUCUGGUUCACCUUCUAGUUCAUCUUCUGAUUCACCUUCUAGUUCAUCUUCUGAUUCACCUUCUGGUUCACCUUCCAGUUCAUCUUCUGAUUCACCUUCUAGUUCACCUUCUAGUUCAUCUUCUGAUUCACCUUCUAGUUCACCUUCUAGUUCAUCUUCUGAUUCACCUUCUGGUUCACCUUCUAGUUCAUCUUCUGAUUCCCCAUCUGUUUCACCUUCUAGUUCAUCUUCUGAUUCACCUUCUGGUUCAACUUCUAGUUCAUCUUCUGAAUCACCUUCUAGUUCAUCUUCUGAUUCACCUUCUGGUUCCCCUUCUAGUUCAUCUUCUGAUUCACCAUCUGUUUCACCUUCUAGUUCAUCUUCUGAUUCACCUUCUGGUUCACCUUCUAGUUCAUCUUCUGAUUCACCUUCUAGUUCAUCUUCUGAUUCACCUUCUGGUUCACCUUCUAGUUCAUCUUCUGAUUCACCUUCUGGUUCCCCUUCUAGUUCAUCUUCUGAUUCACCAUCUGUUUCACCUUCUAGUUCAUCUUCUGAUUCACCUUCUGGUUCACCUUCUAGUUCAUCUUCUGAUUCACCUUCUAGUUCAUCUUCUGAUUCACCUUCUGGUUCACCUUCUAGUUCAUCUUCUGAUUCACCUUCUGGUUCACCUUCUAGUUCAUCUUCUGAUUCACCUUCUGGUUCACCUUCUAGUUCAUCUUCUGAUUCACCUUCUAGUUCACCUUCUAGUUCAUCUUCUGGUUCACCUUCUAGUUCAUCUUCUGAUUCAUUUUCUGGUUCACCUUCUAGUUCAUCUUCUGAUUCACCUUCUGGUUCACCUUCUAGUUCAUCUUCUGAUUCACCUUCUGGUUCACCUUCUAGUUCAUCUUCUGAUUCACCUUCUGGCUCACCUUCUAGUUCAUCUUCUAAUUCACCUUCUGGUUCACCUUCUAGUUCACCUUCUGAUUCACCCUCUGGUUCCCCCUUCUGGUCAUCUCAUUGA